UUUCACUCGCUACUCUCCUCCUUUGCUGCCUCACAUCACUCUUCUUCUUGGCUUGCUUUCUUUCAUUCUUUCUUCUCAUACAAUUUCUAAUUCGUUUGUCGAAAUCUCUUUCACUCUCAUCGUCUUCCAAUCAGGAAACAUAAGAACCAAGAAUGGCUCUCAGACUGAAUCCUCUGCCAACCCAAACCUUCGCCCUUCCUCAGAUGGCUAGUCUCAGAUCUCCCAAGUUCCGCAUGGCUUCCACCCUCCGCUCUGGUUCCAAAGAGGUUGAAAAUAUUAAGAAGCCUUUCACGCCUCCGAGAGAAGUGCAUGUUCAAGUGACCCAUUCUAUGCCUCCCCAGAAGAUUGAGAUUUUCAAAUCGUUGGAGGAUUGGGCUGAGCAGAACGUCUUGACUCUCCUUAAACCUGUAGAAAAAUGUUGGCAACCACAGGAUUUUUUACCAGAUCCUUCUGCAGAUGGAUUUGACGAGCAGGUGAGAGAACUGAGAGAGAGAGCGAAGGAGCUUCCUGAUGAUUACUUUGUUGUUCUGGUUGGAGACAUGAUCACGGAGGAAGCCCUUCCUACUUAUCAAACAAUGUUAAAUACAUUGGAUGGAGUUCGUGAUGAAACAGGCGCUAGCCUUACUUCCUGGGCAGUUUGGACUAGGGCAUGGACUGCUGAAGAAAAUAGACACGGUGAUCUUCUUAAUAAGUAUCUUUACUUAUGUGGACGAGUUGACAUGAGACAAAUUGAGAAGACAAUUCAGUACUUGAUUGGAUCUGGAAUGGAUCCUCGGACUGAGAACAGUCCCUACCUUGGUUUCAUUUACACUUCAUUUCAAGAGAGGGCAACCUUCAUAUCCCACGGAAACACAGCCAGGCUUGCUAAGGAGCAUGGUGAUAUAAAGUUGGCCCAGAUCUGCGGCAUGAUUGCCUCGGAUGAGAAACGCCAUGAGACUGCAUACACAAAGAUAGUGGAAAAGCUGUUUGAGGUUGACCCUGAUGGAACUGUUACGGCGUUUGCAGACAUGAUGAGGAAGAAAAUUGCCAUGCCAGCACAUCUUAUGUAUGAUGGCCUUGACGACAACCUGUUUGAUAACUACUCUGCUGUAGCCCAACGCAUUGGGGUCUAUACUGCCAAGGACUAUGCUGAUAUACUUGAAUUUCUGGUGGGGAGGUGGAAGGUGGAGGAUCUAACAGGACUAUCAAGCGAGGGAAGGAAGGCUCAGGAUUACGUUUGUGGGCUGCCACCAAGAAUCAGAAGGUUGGAGGAGAGAGCUCAAGCAAGAGUCAAGGAGUCAUCAAAAAUUCGGUUCAGUUGGAUUCAUGACAGGGAAGUACUACUCUAAAUGCACCGAGGAAGCAUCGUGAAUGUUCCUGGAAAACCAUUCUGAGAAAUGUUGAAUAGUUGAAGAUUCAGUAUGUCAUUUUUUUUUUCUCUUUUUGCCUUUUUUUGGUUUGUUAUAUGUCACUGUAAGGUGAAACAGUUGUUCUUGCAUGGUUCGCAAGUCACGCAAUUAGGGGCAACUGUAGUAUUAGAAAUGCUAUUUUUUGUUUUCCUUUUCUUUGUGGUAGUGAUGUCUGUUGAAGCAUAAGCAAAACGUUUUUCUAUGGCAAUUUUGAUGAUAAAGAAAUUUAGUUCUUCCGUGGUUGGA